UGCUCUGUUAAAAGACGUUUGUGCAGUUGUCGUUUAUUGAAUAUUGUCAGUUGAUAGUUUUACCUUACAUUCAUGUAACGUCACUUUGUGAUCAUUAUUAACUGAAACGUGUCUCUCGUAAAAGUACAGUACAAACUUUUUUCGAAUUACGGGCUUACCAUGUCAGUAAUUGCCUCAAAGCCAUGCCACGAGGAAGAGAAUUCGAAAUUGACGGAGGAAGAUGAUUGGAAAAUGCAACUUGCAUUUUGUAAAGCACGCCAUACGGCGACAAUUGAGGGUGUAAAUUGUAUUACACAAACGUGGAGAAUGAAAGAACGGAUGAAAACUGUGAGCGUGGCUCUAGUUUUAUGUUUAAAUGUUGGUGUUGAUCCACCGGACAUUGUUAAGACACAACCAUGUGCACGUCUCGAGUGUUGGAUCGAUCCUUUGUCAGUUAGUCCGCAAAAAGCUUUGGAAACCAUAGGUUCUAAUUUACAAAAACAAUAUGAACGAUGGCAACCAAGGGCUCGUUACAAACAAAGUUUGGAUCCUACUGUUGAGGAGGUGAAGAAAUUAUGUACUUCUUUAAGGCGAAAUGCAAAAGAAGAAAGGGUUCUCUUCCAUUAUAAUGGGCAUGGUGUUCCUAAACCUACUAGUAAUGGUGAAAUAUGGGUAUUUAAUAGGACAUAUACACAAUACAUUCCUUUGUCUGUAUAUGAUUUACAGACAUGGAUGGGUGCACCUAGUAUCUAUGUGUAUGAUUGUUCUAAUGCAGGUAUUAUUGUAGAAUCUUUUCAACAAUUUGCAGAACAACAUGAAAAGGAAUAUGAGAUGGAAAAGCAAGCAGUUCAGCAGAAUCGUGCAACAGGAGUUGCAGGUGCCACAGCACCAUCCUAUAAAAAUUGUAUUCAAUUGGCAGCAUGUGCAGCUAAUCAAAUUUUGCCUAUGAAUCCAGAUUUACCUGCAGAUAUAUUUACAUCAUGUCUUACAACUCCAAUAAAAAUUGCAUUGCGAUGGUUUGUAAUGCAAAAUACAUCCAAAUUAGUACCGAAAAUAUCAUUAGAUUUAAUUGACAAAAUUCCGGGGCAGUUAACUGAUAGAAGAACGAUGUUAGGAGAACUUAAUUGGAUAUUUACAGCAAUUACAGACACAAUAGCAUGGAACACAUUGCCCAGGGAUUUAUUCCAGAGAUUAUUCAGGCAAGAUUUAUUAGUUGCUAGUUUAUUCAGAAAUUUUUUACUUGCUGAGAGAAUACUUCGCUCAUAUGAUUGCACUCCAGUUUCUUGUCCAAAAUUGCCACCUACUUACCAGCACCCUAUGUGGCAAGCAUGGGAUUUGGCACUUGAUCUCUGUUUAGCACAAUUACCAUCUAUUCUUGAAAAUGAAGAUCAAUUUGUGCAUUCUCCUUUUUUUGAAGAACAACUAACAGCCUUUCAAGUAUGGCUUACACUAGGUUCUAAAAGUCGCAAUCCUCCAGAGCAAUUGCCAAUAGUAUUACAAGUGUUAUUAAGUCAAGUUCAUAGACUAAGAGCACUGGAAUUAUUAGGACGUUUUCUUGAUCUUGGUCCAUGGGCAGUGAACUUGGCUCUUAGUGUAGGCAUUUUCCCAUAUGUUUUAAAAUUACUUCAAAGUAAUGCUAGAGAACUACGCCCGUUACUUGUUUUUAUUUGGGCAAAAAUUCUUGCAGUUGACAGUGUAAGUUUUAACAUUAAAUGUUUAAAAAUAUUUGAAUCAUAUUUUACAUCUUUUUUAAGAAUUUUUGUUUUAUUGUGUGCUUAUUUUAUUCUGUUAUAGAGUGAACAUAGAACGUUAGCAGCAUUUGUUUUGGCUAGUAUUGUAAAUGAUUAUCGACCAGGUCAAGUAGCUGCAAAUCAUGGUAGUCUUGUUUCAAUUUGUUUGGAACAACUUGGAGAUUCAAAUGCUUUAUUACGACAAUGGCUCUGUUUAUGUCUUGCAAGACUUUGGCAUAAUUAUGAUAAAGCAAGAUGGUGUGGAGUCAGAGACAUUGCUCAUGAGAAGUUGUUUACAUUAUUACAGGAUUCAGUUCCUGAGGUUCGAGCAGCUAGUGUUUAUGCUUUGGGCACAUUUAUAAAUAGUGUAACAACACGAAGUGAACAUGCAAAUAAUAUUGAUCAAAUUAUUGCUAUGACACUCAUUAAUACUAUAUCUCAUGAUAUGUGUCCUUUAGUUAGAAAAGAAUUAGUAGUAGCACUACAAUGGAUGGUUUUACAUUUUGAAAAUUCCUUUGUAACUUUAGCGUUGGCUGAAGAAAAUAGCCGAAAAGACCUAGUAGUGGAAACAUUAUCACCAUUUAGUGGAAUGAGACGUAUUAGUUCCAGGGAUAGAUUAAAAAUGCUUUCUCCAAACAACACAUACAGUGUAGACAGCACAGAUGGAUUUGGUCAGGAUCGUAUUAAGAGAGUGUCAUCAUCAUCGUCUAUUAGUAGUUUAGGAAAUAAUUGGGAGUUCGUGAGGAAACCUUGCGAGUCACUUGGGCAUAGUUCUCUUGGAAACUUACCAAGUCUUUCCUAUGGUAGUGUAUAUAUGAAACUAUGGCAUGGAUUAUGUAGUCUUGACAAUGAUCCUCACCCUGCAGUUGCUGCAAUGUCUCAGAUAGUCACUAAUCACAUUCGAAGUCAGGUUAAAGGAUCUUCUGCACCUAAAGAAGUAAUUGAAACAAAGAUAUCUUCAUCAUUGUCUCUUCCGCCUUCCCCAUCGAAUCGCACUACAUACUUAAGCAAUAGUAAAGGAGAAUCGCCUCCUACAGUAAACUCUGGAACAGAUCUAUUGCGUUCAUCAAGAAUUCCAUCGCACAGUAAUCGUUCAAGAAAGCCAAUUCCUAAUACGAUAUCAGAAGAAGCAGAUGAAGUUACUGGUAUUAAAACACCAUUAACGACUUCACAGUUUGUUGAAUGGAGUUGUGCUCAAUUUGCUCAGCCUGUUAGUUUAGAAAGUGAAACUGAAUCAAUGAAUGAUAUGGAAAGUAGAGCUCACUAUGAAAGAGAGUGGCGGUAUCUGAGAAAUAAAAUACAAAGACGUGAAGCAAGAGAAGAACAGUUACGCGCAGUACAAAGCAGAGUAGAAUCUCAAGUAUUUCACACAAGAUGUCCACAGUCUCCAGAAGUCUUAACAUUUCAUCCUUUUGAACCUCACUUGGCUGUAGCAUUGAAAGAUUCCUUUGGGGUAUGGGAUUGUCAAACUGGAACGAGAUUGACAUACUGUGCAAGUCGUGGAAAUAAAACAUCACGUAUUACAACAUUAGAGUUUAUUAAUGCUCACGAUGUAACGUUAUUGAUGGCUGGGUCUGAUGAUGGUUCAGUUAGGGUUUGGAAAAAUUAUAGUAGUAUGUUAAAUCGUGAGCCAGUUUUACUUACCGCUUGGCAAGCAUUAGCUGAUAUACAGCCCGCAACGAAAACUACAACUGCAACAGCUGGAUUAGUUAGUAAGUGGGAGCAAAAAUCUCUUACUUUAGCCGUAACAGGCGAUGUUCGUAUUGUUAGACUCUGGGAUGCAGAGACUGAGUUAAAGAAACAAGAUAUACCAACAGGUGCUGAUUGUUGUGCUACAUGCAUUGACGUUGAUGGUGUAGGUGCAAUGAUGACAGUCGGUUGUGGAGAUGGUUCAGUCCGAUUAUUUGAUAGAAGAUUACCUCCAUUAGAAUCAAGAGUUAUGAUAUGGAGAGAACAUACAGCAUGGGUGUUAGGCACAUCUUUGAGAAAAACUGAAAGAUCUGCACCACAGUUGUUUACCGGAUCAUCUUCAGGAGAUAUUAGAAUAUUUGAUCUUAGAAAAUAUUCUUCUGUAAGCAAUGUACAGGUAACGCAGGGUAUUACAGCACUGACUGCACAUGAAAUGGCUGAUAUUUUUGCAUGUGGAUCGACAAAUCAUUGCAUAAGCGUGUAUAACACAAUGGGUCAACAAUUAAAUACAAUAAAGUUUCAUGAAGGAUUUAUGGCCACUCGUAUCAGCCCUGUAAGUUGUCUAAGUUUUCAUCCUUACCGUGUGGUUCUAGCAGCUGGACGCGUAGACAGCACUAUUACCGCAUAUGCUUCUGAGCCACGCAGAUGA